GAGUUGAUAAGUAUCAUUCAGUGUUUGCACCGGUUCCGAGAGAUGAGACUUCUCUGCCUUCAAUCCUGAAAACUAUAUUGACAGCUAAGAUUCUGGAGUUUUAACAAGCAUCAUGUCUUCAUCUUCAUACCUUCUUGGCUUUGCGAUAAUAACAUUAGUCCUGUGCUUCAAUACUGACGCAAGACCAUAUGGCAAGUACCCAGCACCAGAGAAACCAGAGAAGCCACAGCGACCAGAAGGGCCUGUACAGCCAUUCGCCUUCUUGAGGACGUUUGGAGGAUACCUUAAUCCUGCCUCCCUAGUAACCCCUGCAGCACUUAAACGCCAGACCAUCCUGGACGGCCCGGUCAACCAAGUGGAUUAUCCCGACCUACCCGAUAUCCCCGAUGCACCUGAUAUUCCUGACGCACCAGAUGCCCCUGAUGCCCCUGACGCACCCGACGCCCCUGACGCACCCGACUAUGAGGAGUACGAGCCUCUUGAUACACCAGACGUCGGGGCGAACGAGAGUCCAGGGAUUUUCUCCGAUGGCGGAUUUGGCUUCCUCGGAGGAGGCGGGGCGCCUUUCAUGAUGACGGGUGGUAAGGCUCCUAGCUCGAUGGGCAAGGGGAUGAUGACCGAGUACAAGAAAGGUUCUAGUUCAGGAUCCAGCGUCGGCAUCGCUUUCGCCGUGCUCGCCAUCAUCGGAUGCACUAUUGCGCUCGGGGUGUUCUUCUUCAAAAAGUACAGACACCGUAUUCCAGUUAUCGUCCUUAAGUAAAUCGCAUCCUGCAAACUCGUUUCUAUUGUCUCAAAGACUGCUGGACAUUCUUGUGAAACUUCGUGUAUGUCCAUGAAUUCAACAUGUUAACAUUCGUGUUUGGCCUUUUCAUGUAAAGGCAGACGGUGGCAUAACCUUGCGAUAAUCGGGGCUUUGCAACAUACAAGGAGUUUCGGGCGAUAAGAGGAACAUGUUUUAAAAUAGACUCUUGACGAAUUUGCACAAUUACGAUAAAGAUUAACUGAUUAACAAAUUGCUUCCUUUAGUCUGUGUCACCGACAUCCAAAUAAAUGUACGUACCUCGGACACCGAGUAUUAUGGAUUGUACAAUUUUUAAUUUCAAGUAUCUGUGUCUUGAUGGUAUUCGUUUGGCAAUUUGCAUUUAUCACGAAGAAAUAAAAAGAUGUAUAAAUGCAUUAUUUAGUGAA